GGGGCCUGCCAGUGGGGGCCCGCGCGGCACCGCCUCCGGCGAUGUCGCUCUUCGUGCAGCCCCGCUUCGAGGCCCUGGGCAACACGUUCGUCAACCAGGAGGAGUGCGCGGCCGCCACCCCUCGCCGCGCGCACAGCUUCAGCCACCGCGCCGCCGCCCACGACGCGGUGCAGGGCGGCGCCCACCCUGGCGCCGCGGGGCGCGGCGGCGCUGCGUCGGGUGACGCUGGCCGACAGGACGCUGGCGGCGCCGGCGGCGCCUCUGGGGGCAGCCCGGGCGGCCUGGAGCCGCGCGCCGGCUCGCCCUGCCGCCUUGGGGCGGCCCGCCGCGGCGGGAGGGCGCGGCGCAAGCCGAGCAUCUCCAGCCUGUCGCAGGCGUCCGCGGGGAGCGGAGGCCAGGCCAGCCCCGGAGCCUGCGGCGGGGCGCGGGCGCCGCGGGCGCCGCCGUCUCCCGAGGCCCUCCGCCGGCUCGGGGAAGCCCCUCGGGCUUCCGCCGUGGCUAUGGUUGCCGACUGGCGCCACACCGGCAGCGCAGCCUUGAUGAAGGCCGCCGUCCUCGUUGGCAGGAUGAGGGCGGGCGACGCUUCCCGGCGGCAGUCCGCAACCUCCGCGUCCUGGGCCAUGCCCGAGCCGCCGCUGAACCACGGGGAGGCGGUGCCGCAAAACUUCCCGCUCUCGCUGUCGCUCGCCGUUCCGGGGACACCCGCGACGCUGCACUGAAUCUCAGGCUGGGGAGCCCGAGAAAGACGCCCACCCACCCAGACAUCCGACGACUCGCGACAUGGGGCCCUUCCCGUGGUCCUGUGAUUGUUUUGCGCUCCGGAGACAUUUGUUUGACUGUUCCAGGGCCGUGGCACUUGAAAUUGGCGAAAACCGGCCGUCUUGUUUUUUCGAAUUGUCCGGUGUCUUGGG